AGAGUGUAUUCUGAUUUCAGCACCGGUUUUUGUGCAUUCUGGGACCUGCACCUGCCUCGUCAACCCUCUGCUCUAUAGGCCUUUUGCGUUCUGGGACCUUUUGUUUUACAAAUUAAGGACUGUGUAAUUGGCAUCUUUAUUUUGAAACGACCCGACAGACCGCGACCCGAAUAUCAACCUAAUAUUAGCACUACUAAAAAAACCUGAAUCUUUUAUAUUUUGGCAAAAGCAGUAUAUGUUAAUUUAAGUAUCAUAGAUUAGAACCAACACAGCAAUUUACAAACUGGCUGGGAUGGCAGCUGAAUGUGCAAACAAUAAAACUUAGUUCUAAGUGUUAGAUUUUUUGCAGCAUUGUGUUGAUUGAUAUAAUAACAGGCAAAGUAUAAUGGUGCAUAAAUCUAAAGGUUGUAAUUUAGAAAGCAACAGAAUAAAAAAUUCUGAUGGAGGAGGUUCUUAAGCGCAUAAAAUUCAAUGGAGGAGGACCUUAAACAUACAGUAUAAAGUACUAUAAAGGUGAAGUAGAGCUCUCAGCUACAGUAUCACAUAUAAGAGGAAGGCCUUAAAACUGUAAGUAUAUUAGUUGCCAAAUGGAUAAUGGAUAAUUAAAAAAAAGAGCAUGUAUAAAUACCUGACUUUUCUCUUCAACAGAAAAAAUGCUUUUGCCAAGUGUGAACGUCACUCUAAUUCUUACCAGUUAUGGGCCUCCUGGUGCACUUAAUUAUGGAGUUUUCAUGAUCUCUCUUGUAGUCUAUCUAACAACAGUUUUUGCAAAUAUAACACUGAUGCUGGUGAUCUACUUGGACACAACUCUCCAUAAGCCUGUGUACAUAUUUUUAUUCAACCUGGCUAUCAAUGGACUAAUCGGGUCCUCUGCUGUACUUCCCAAAAUAAUGUCAAAUCUGUUUGCUGAUGUGAAAGUUUUGGAGUAUGUGGAGUGUAUUCUGCAAGUGUUUUUUGUUAAUGUUUAUGGGACCUGUGCUUAUGCAAUAUUAACAGUUAUGGCAUAUGAUAGAUAUGUUGCAAUUUGCAGUCCUUUACAGUAUCAUAAUAUUAUGACAACGGCUAAAGUUAAACUUUUGCUUUUAAUUGUGUAUUGUGUUCCCAUCUGCUCUCUAGCUGUACAGACGUACCUUACAUCAAGACUGCCUUUGUGCAGGCAUAUAAUCAACAAAUUGUUUUGUGACAACUUGGCAAUAGUUAAUCUUUCCUGUGUUAAAAAUACCUUAGGGGACAUAUAUGGCAUAUGUCUGGUGUUUGUUUUUGUAGUUUUACCUCUAAUCUUUGUCAUCUUAUCAUAUGUCAAAAUAAUGUGUGUCUCUUUGAAAGCCUCAGAAAGUACGCAAAAGAAAGCUUUAAAAACUUGCACCCCUCACUUAAUAACUUUUAUUAAUUUUUCAUCAGCCACUCUCUUUUCUGUUAUAUACAAUCGGUUAAAUUUCUAUCUUUCAAAAGAAGUUAAUGUUUUUAUUUCAGUUCAUUUUAUCCUUAUCCCUCCACUUCUACAUCCACUUAUUUAUGGGAUCAGAACAAAAGAGAUCAGCAAUAGUCUCACAAAAUUUUUAAGAAGAAAAAUAUUUGCUAUUGAUUUCAACCCAUGGACUGAACAUAAGAACUGUUGUAAUGAUUCAGUGUUUAUUUGUAGUAAAAAGGGGUUGUUAUGAACUUUUUAUCUCUUUUUUUGUGUGUGUGUUUUACACUUUAACACUCUUUAUUUUUUGAUGCAUAAUGUAAUA